AAGCAAAGUUUGCCAAAUUAGCUAGCGAACCGCAGCUUACAAGAAUCUCUCUCUUCUUCUUUCCGCAUACUUUCUCUCUCUAAAACAAGAAAAACAAUGGCGGCUUCUUCUGCUGCAAGAAAAUCAAGCGGACCAGUCCUAAGGUCUCACUCACCUUCAGAAAGAUUCUAUGGAGGUUCCAAUACGUCGUCGUCUGCUUCAGCGUUUGCGUCUUCAACCUCCAGCAGCUUCACUUCUCGAAGCUAUCUUCAACGCUCAGCUUCCCCCACACGCGUCAACAUGUACUCCACCGGUUCGUCUCCGUCCGCAGCGGUCCGGUUCAACUCCGGUUCAAUUUCACCGAACCGUUCGAUUUCAACUCAAUCCGUGCGACGUCAACAGGCGACGACAAGCCAGAAGAAGAGUUGUAUGUGUUCGCCUACAAAUCAUCCUGGUUCGUUUCGGUGUAGUCUCCACAAAAAUUCACCGAGCCGGAAUUCGGUUCAGCCGUACCAAUCGAACAGACUCUACGCUCGACGGUCCGCGAUGACGAACUCGCUCGUGAGAAUUGGAACUGUUGAAGGUGAUUUGGUGAAACGUGCUUUGGCUGCGUUGAUUCGUCCUUCGUCUCAUCAACAGAAAAGAAGAGGUGAUUUUCAGCCAAGGAGAAGCAGGUUAUCAAUGGUGUCAACAAAUUGAAAUUUGCAGCGAGUUAAAGUUAGGGUUAGGAUUUUUUAAUUUUUGAUAAAUUUUGGGGGAAUUUUCUCAGAAAGUUCUAGGUUUCCGACGAUUGGAAGAACUUCAACGAUUCCGGCGGACGAAGAGAAAUUUGUGUAUAUACUAUAGUAUAAGUGAUACUCCGUAUGACAGUAUAAUUACAAUAUGAUCGAAUUAAGAAACAAAAAAUCUUUAAGAAUUUUGGGACAGUACAUAAA